UGAUGAUGAUUCUCAGGAUCAAAAGAGAAGCCCACUUCAAAUGGAAACUAAGACACAGCAGUAUAAGAGCUAUAAAGAAGAGAACACUUCCUCGAAGCACAACCAGAACGUUCCCACAAAAGUCACUACAAUCCAGGUCCAGUCCACUUGUAUGAAACAUCAGAAUGCAAUAUUACUUGGAUUCCCAAACGUUAAUAUGAUCUGCUACAUGAACGCCAGCCUGCAGACUUUGCUUACACUCAAGGAGUUCGUGGAGGACAUCAAAUCCCAGGAGGACGUGUUGGCACUGUGUCCCGAGGCUCAGCUCAUGAGAUGCUUCCUAGACAUUGUGAAAUGUCACUGCUCACCUGAUUCCAGGUUGAAACUGGAGGUGGUUAUAAGGUUUAAGAAGGUCCUCUCUUUCCAGGCCCCAGAGUUUGGAUAUGAAGGCAUGAAAGACGCCCAUGAGUUCCUGACGGCUGUGUUGAAUCAGAUGAAGAACCUGCAGCCCCUUCUGACAAAGACUGCGGCCACUAUAGGGAAAAGAUACAGGUGCCCAGUUGAGACACAUCUACAGUUCAAAAUGCGGAACACAAGGAUGUGCAAAAGUUGUGGUAUUAAGUCCAUAAGAGAGGAGGAUUUCAUCAUGCUCUCUCUGGACCUGAUCGCUGGAGGGUCAGUGCAGAACAUGCUCAACAUGCACGAGAAGGAAAGACAACUAGAGUUUAAGUGUGAGUGUGGAGGAAACACAUCAGGUCUGCAGUCUAGAUUUCUGACCCUUCCCAAAUAUUUGAUUUUGCAACUAAAGAGGUUCACUUUCACAGAGAACCUGGUGAUGGUCAAACUGGAGGACCCCAUCGUUUUGUGCAGGGAAAUGACAGUAGCUGGCCACCAGUACAGCCUGGUCAGCGUCAUCAGCCACGUAGGUUCUUCGGCGAAGACAGGGCAUUACGUGAGCGAUGGGCUACACCCGGACCAGUCCAGGGAGGACGGGAACGAUCGAUGGCUCCACUUUAAUGACAUUUAUGUGAUGGAGACAAAUGGAACAGUCAUUUCGGAGAUGUGUACAGGGGAGUCUUAUAUCCUUGUCUACCGGAGGAGGGAGUAGCCCUCUCUGGUAUGAGGACGCAGCCCUCAGGAGGAGGGGCACACCCCAGAGAGCCUGGUUCCUCCCAAGGUUUCUUCCUAAAGGGGAGUUCUUCCUUGCCUCUGCUUGCCAAGUCACAAAUGUACUUUGUUACCAGAUUGGACUCCAAGUGACAAAACACAAUCUAAGUGGCUUGCUCUCUGGGAGUUAUGACAUUAAAAACUGUACAAACCCAGUUCAAUAGAAGGAAGAAUGAUUUUUCUUUCUCUGGAUGUAAUUUGGUCCACAAGCAAAUCAGAGAUGGAUUUGUAGAUUAAAUAAAUUGAAAAGAACUGCCACAUCUAGAACAAGAACAAGAGAGCAGGACUACUGGUCUCACAUGUAGUGUGACUGAGUCAGUCAAAAAU